GGAAGAUGGCGGCGGCGGGAGCCGCGGAGCGCGCGAGCCGGGGGGAGGCGCCGCCCCUCGAGCCCGCCGGGCCCCGCCGCUACUCGCUGCUAGUGAUCGUGGGCGGCGGCUGCCACCGGCCCGGCCUGCUGGGCGCCGCGCUGGCCGCGCUCGAGAGAGGGAUCCGCUGCUGGGACAUCGACCUCGCCUCCUGCAACCUGGACGAGCAGCUGAAGCUGUUUGUGUCCCGGCACUCGGCCACCUUCUCCAGCAUUGUGAAAGGUCAGCGGACCCUCCACCACCGAGGCGAUGUCCUGGAGACACUGGUGCUGCUCAACCCUUCGGAUAAGUCCCUAUGCGAUGAGCUGCGGAACCUGAUCACGGACGUGUCCCAGCACAAGCUGCUGGUGUUCGCCGGGCCCUGCGUGGAGGAGACUGGGGAGCUGAUGCUGCAGACGGGCUGCUUCUCUCUGCGGGACUUCAUCCAGAUCUUCACGGACAAAGAGGUCGGGGAGAUGCUGAGCUCUGCAGACCCUUCGGCCAAGGCUAGCCUGACGGUCAGCUGCCCUGACUUCGGGGAGUGGCGGGACUCCAGCCUGGAGCAGCACAACCUCCAGGACUUCAUUGAGCUGCGGAUCAACCCUGGCUGCGUGCUGCCGGAGAUGGAGGGGCUGCAGGAGUUCGUGGAAUACCUCUCGGAGUCCCUGGAGCCGCAGUCCCCCUUCGACCUCCUGGAGCCCCCGACUAUGGUGGGCUUCCUGAAGCUCUCCAAGCCCUGCUGCUACGUCUUCCCUGGCGGGAGGGGGGACACGGCCUUCUUCGCCGUCAAUGGGUUCAAUGUCCUGGUGAACGGGGGAUCCAACCCCAAAUCCUCCUUCUGGAAGCUGGUGCGCCACCUGGACCGGAUCGACUCCAUCCUGGUGACGCACGUCGGCACGGACAGCCUGCCGGGGGUCAACAGCCUGCUGCAGAGGAAGGUCGCUGAGCUGGAGGAGGACCCCUCCUCGCAGGGUUCCCAGAGCAAUGGGGACUGGGUGAAGAACCUCAUCUCCCCCGAGCUGGGAGUCGUGUUCCUCAACGCGUCGGAGAAGCUGAAGGGUAUUGAGGGGAACUCCAGGGUGCUGAAGAGCUGUGAUGAAGCCAGCCUGACCCUACGCUACCUGGAGAAGCUGGGAAUCAGGCCCAACCUGCUCUGCAGGGACAGCGGCCCCAAGGUGGAGCCCACGGUGCUGUUCCAAAAAAUGGGCGUUGGCAGACUGGACAUGUACGUGCUGAACCCGGUGCGGGGCAGCAAAGAGCUGGAGUUCCUGCUGCAGCACUGGUCCGGCGACGGCCACACCAGCGAGCAGGAGCUGCCCUUGCAGUGCCUGACCUCUGUCUGCGCCCUGCUGGUCUGGCAUCCUGCCAGUCCUUUGGAGAAGAUCAUCCGGGUCCUGUUCCCAGGCUGCACCCCACAGGGCAGGAUCCUGGAGGGGCUGGAAAAGGUGAAGCAUCUGGAGUUCUUGAAGCACCCAGCGGUCACUGAGAAGGACUUGAAGUCGCUGGCCACUCCCCGUCCUGAGAAGCAGCUCACACAGAAGAGGGCGGAGAGCAAGGAGAGCCUCAAAUCGGCGUCCAAGGAGAGCCUCCGGUCUGCUUCCAAACUGAGCCUUGUGGAGGCUGGGCCCCCGGCUCCCAAGGAGAAAGCCCUCAAGGCAGAGAAGAAGGAGGUGAAGCCAGCGCCCAAGGAGAAGGCCAGGGGGCCGAGUGAGGUGGCCAAGGCAGGGCCAGAGGAGGAGAGAGCCAAGGACCCCAGAGCCAAGCUUGACUCUUCAGCUGAGAAGCUCAAGCCAGACGUGAGGCUGAAGCUGAGCAAGGAGAAGGCCCCGCCCAAGAAAGAGCUCCUGCCCCAGGAGGCGAGGAAGGAGGAGAAGAGGCCUCUGAAGAAGGAAGAUUGCACCGAGGGGAAGGCGGAUGGCAGGAAGGAGGUGAAAGCCUUGAAGAGGGAGGGGAAAGCUGAGUUGCUGCGGAAGGAUGCCAAGGAGAGCAAGGCUGAGGGGAAGACCGCAAAGCCCCCAGCCCGCAAACCACCCGGGCUGGAGCCCCGCAAGCUCGCACUCAGAACAGGGAGCCUUAAGAAAUCCACUCUCAAGAAGGAGCCAGAGAAGCCCAAGGCCAAAGCGGCCAAGGAGGCAGGUGUGGCCAGCAAAAAGCCCCCGAGCCCUGAGGUUGGUGUGUCAGACGGCUCCAAGUCACUGUCCCUGGAGGCCCUGACGCGAGAGGCGGCGUCGGCGGGCGCUGAGGCCGGGCGGAAGGAGGAGUUGACAGACGAGGGGAUCACCACGGCGGAGAGCGAGCUGGAGCUGUCCCCGCUGGAGAACGGGGAGGCUGGGCAGUGCGCCGGCACCGAGGGCCCAGCUGGCUGCGCCGGGCUGGGGCCCACGGACUGCCAGGAGAACGGCGUCGACCCAGAGGAGCUGGACAGCCCCCAGCGGUUCCGGUACCUAGAGACCAGCCCACUCAAAGCCAUCUGGCCCCCUUCUCCCCUCGCCAAGACCCCCAAGAGCGACCGCAGCGUGGACUUUGACCUGACGCCCACAGGGCUUCUCAACCACUGCCAGGAGGGCGCUGAGGACCCAUGCGGCAGCUCUGAGGAGAAGACCCUGGAGAUGAUGUCCCCUUCCAGCUCGGGGCCAGCCAGUGCUGGGCACACCCCGUUCCACCAGUCCCCGGUGGAGGAUGCAAUCAUGGUAGAGGAGCUGGCUUUGGGCCCCAACGACAACAAACAGUUCAACUCCUAUCGUUCCUCCCACGACAGCUCCAGCUCCUCCUGCGAGAAGCAGGCGGGCUGCCUGUCCCUCAGCCCCUUCAAGGACGAGCUCCCCGAUGUCUCGCCCACCAUCACCACCCCGUCCCUGCCGGCCGAGGUGGGCUCUCCCCACUCCACCGAGGUGGACGAGUCGCUGUCGGUUUCCUUCGAGCAGGUGCUGCCUCCGGUGACUGAGUCGCCCCAAGAGGAGUUGAACCGGCCGCAGGGGGGCGGGCUGACCCCAGAGUCAGAUGCCUCGGUGGGCAAAGGUGGGCUGUCCCUGCCCAUCCGGCCCUGCCACCACGCCCAGCGGCUGGACAGUGACGCAGCAGAUGGGCUGCGCUGGCACGGGCGUCGCUCCGACUCCCCCCACGACGUGGACCUAUGUCUGGUGUCGCCCUGUGAGUUUGAGCACCCCAAGUCUGAGCGCCCCCCCUCCCUCACCGUGAGCCCCCGGGACCUGUCCAAUGACAGCGAUCUCUCCCAGGAGCUAGCCAAGCCCUUGGCCCAGAGGAGAGGCCAGAGGAGCCAGGGCCGCCGGCUGCAGCCACUGCAGGGUGCCGAGACCCCUCCCACCUCUGGGAGUGAGUCCCUCCCCACGCUCUCUGACUCGGACAUCCCUCCUGCCACUGAGGACUGCCCCUCCAUCACGGCCGAUGGCGGGCUGGACUCCGACGAAGAGUUGGAGCACCUGGCCAGGGGCCCUUCCCGGGCCAGAGACCCUCCUCCAGGCCCCCUGAAAGAUCCCUGCCCCCUCCCUGCCCAACCUGGCAUCUGCAUGGUGGAUCCGGAGGCCCUGCCCGUGGAGCAGGCCCGUGGGGGGAAGAAGGAGCCUGCCAGCAAAGUGAAGAGGACUCCCUCCCGCCUGGGCUCGGCCCCUGUGUCCCAGAAGGCUGAAACCCCCAAACACCCCACCCUGGGCAGCAAGGCCAGAGGCCCCAUGGGCUCAGCAGACAAGGUCAGGACGCUUCCCCCAGCCAAGGGCACCCUGAUGGAGAAGGGCCCGCGCCUCGGGGCUGGUGGGGACACCAGAGCUUCGCUCACGAGCCGCAGCAUUGGAGCCAGGCCACUCUCGGGAGCCGGCAGAUCAUCUCCCGCAGGCUCUAAAGCCCUUUCUCCUCCCGAGCUGCCAAUCUACUUGGACCUGGCCUACAUCCCAGGCUCCUGGAGCGCCAGGACGGUGGAUGAGGAGUUCUUCCGGCGGAUCCGCUCCCUUUGCUACGUCAUCAGCGGAGACGACCAUGUCAAAGAGGGCGUCAUGCGACCCAUCCUGGAUGCACUGCUGUCAGGCAAACAUCACUGGGGGAGCGACGUCCAGGUGACCCUGAUCCCAACCUUUGAUUCGCUGGUGAUGCACGAAUGGUACCAGGAAACCCACGAGCGCCAACAGGAGCUGGGCAUCACGGUGCUGGGCAGCAACAGUACGGUGGCCAUGCAGGACGAGACCUUCCCAGCAUGCAAAGUGGAGUUCUGAAGGCGGCCUGCGUUAACCCUUUCCAGCCAGACGUGGAGGAGGUGCUUUGGACCUUGCAGAGGGGAGAUUGCAACCCACAGGAAGCUGAGGGGAGGGAUUCCCCCGUAGGACUUGCUGAGGCCCUGUUGGCCACGGGUGAUUGGGAAGAGGCACUGUAAGACUGGAAUGAGCUUGCAGGAGGGGAGGAGUGGGAAGGAAUCUCCCUUGGACUGGAAAGGGUUAUACUGAGUGCUCGCCUCUCCCGUCCUGUGCGCCACAGUCACUCACCGUCUGGUUAUUGCAUGCACACCGGCCCCAGCCUCUUGCGCUGCAUUCCCACAGGGGGAGGGGGGCUGGAUCGUGGGGGUCUGUAAUCCCCAUUGCUGGCAGAGGCGUGGAGCAGGUUCUGCAGCUGGGGGCCGAGGCCUGCUACAGGAUAGCUGUUCCUCGCUGCCCUCCCCAGCCCAGCUGCUACCCCCCGCCCCAGCCUCUGCGUAAGGACAGGCACAUGGCCCUUUUCUCUUUGCCAUAGUGAUGGGAGCAGGGGACCACUCCGCCCUCCCUGAUGUCUAGCAGGUGAUGCAGCAAGGGCCACCUCACUGCAGCAUCGCCCCAGGGCUCCUACAGGCAGCCUGAGCUGGGGCUCUGAUUGCUGGUGGCAUCCAGUUGCUUCCCUGCUGUGGGGCUGCCUGUUGGAGUCCCAGCCUCUGGCUGAGGGCACAAGUGAAACGAGUUUGCGAGUUUGAUGCCACUGCCAGCUUGCCCAUGUGCCAGGGAGGGGGGCUGCUAUACUGGCGGGGUAGAGUUGGGGUGGGGGAGGCCUGUAUCCCAGUUGACUACCCUUCCCCCAGCUGCUAUUAGUUUUGGGAGGCAUAAAAAGGAGAUUCAAAUCCUAAACUGUCCUGUUGCUCCUGCAGAGAUGCUAAAUUUCCAGAUAGACAUGAUCUCUCUGCCCUAGAUUAAGGGAAGGUGGAGUGGAGGGGGCUGAGACUUGGUGGGGGAGAUGAGGGAAGCUGGACUGGGCUGAUGGCUUCCUGCCUUCCAAAGCAGUGGAGCCUGGAGUGGGUUCUCCCUAGGUGGGGUGCAGAACUGUGAUUUCCCCCCCCCCUCGCGCUAGAGCUUUCCCAUGCCAGCCCAGCCUCCCUUGCCUGAUGGGGUGGUUGGGCUGGCAACCCCAGCUCAGCCCCGCCCCACCCCAUGUCGGACCUCGGAAGCACUAAUGUUGCUCUAAAUGUGUUAAAGCCAAAUUUCUUGGGCUGUUUAAAAGUUCAUGUGAAGGGCGAUCGCUGGAAGCACUGGGUGUGGGGGUGUGAGUGUCUCCCAGGGAGGAGGGGAAUUAUAGUCGUGUCUCAUGACCCCCUCCCCCUUUCUCCAAUCCCUAUGUCAAAACUGACCUGGGGGGGCUCCCGACUUCCGCUAACGUCCCCCUUCUGCAAACUCUGCUGCUCCUGUCUCCCAUGCCCUGCGUCCCUGCUGCUGACCCCAGCCCUCUGCACAGGCCAAGCAGAUCUCCAGGGGCACUGUUGGGCAUGAAACGUGCCGGGGGCCUGAAUCCCCAGCCACGUUCCAGCUUUUCCACGGCUUUCGCAUCUUUCUUUUUCUCUAACUCAUCUUGAAGAACAAGUUUGGGGGGAGAAUGUGACACUAACCUGUUUUGUAAGUUUGCAACUUACCUUUUUUUUUUGUAAUUUUUUUAAAUGAAGAACAAAAACCAAAACUGUUACACGCAGGUUCUUAUUUAUCUGAUUGCCACUGUGAGGCACCAGUACGCCCUCCAGGCGAGCUGCUGGGAAUGGGGGGGCUCCCCAGCCACCCCUCUGGUAUCCAUGGCAGAAGGGUUUAAUCCUGUUCUCAGUACUUGCCUGGCUGGGCUUGGAGGCCUUUUUACAUUUGAUUGUAUUGUACUACGUGUCUAGGAGAUGUUUGGGGGGUGGGUGGGGAAAAGGGAAUUGAAUGUUUCACCUUUUAGUGCUUUAUAUAUUUUUCUUAGCUAGAUGAUGUUUUAAAGUAGGGUUUAAAGUAGGGGUAAGGGAGGGAGCUCAGAGCUCGACCCACCUCAUGGCUCAAAAGCUGGGGGUGGGGGGAGUGGCCACCUGUUCCUCCUUCCCCCCCUUGUGACUCUUCUCCCCUGGGGCGGUGGGUGGGUUUGCUGGAGGUUUAGGCACCAACACACACACAUGCCACGAUGUUGCACACACGAUGUGAUUGGUUUGGUAAAUGUAUUGACAAGCAUUAAAGAGACACUAGCCCAACAAA